GCUACCAGAUAUCCUACCGCCUUCAUAGCAGGGAUCCUCUGCGGUGGACCACUGUGGAAGUGGGCUCCAACGCUCGCCAGUUCACCGUCACAGGCCUCGCCUCUGAGCACACCUACGUGUUUCGCCUCACGGCUCGCACCGCCGUGGGUUGGGGCGAACCGCAGGAGGCCCUGGUUGUUACCACCGAACGCCGAGAGCGUCCCCAGCCGCCCAGGAAGCUGUCUGUUCCACAAGAUGAGGUCGAAGCUCGCCGGCUCCGUCUCUACUGGGUGACUGGUGGCUCAGGCUCCUCUCCGCUGAGGUACUUCACUUUGCAGCUGAAGGAGCUGCCGAGCGGGCCAUGGAAGACCCAUACAGCCGACAUCCCACACAAUGUGACCUCCUGGACAGUCGACAGGCUGAAGCCCUUCACAUCCUACAAGCUUCGAAUGUUGGCCACCAAUGACGUAGGGGACAGUGUCCUGAGCAAGGAGACGGAGGCGGUCACGACUCUGCAGGACGUGCCUAAUGAGCCUCCAGUGAUCCUCUCAGUGAAACCAACAACUACUACCUCAGUGAUGGUGCAGUGGAAGCGCCCCACUGAAGACAGUAUUAACGGGGUCCUGACUGGAUACAGACUGUAUUACAGGGAGCUCCUUGCGAAUGCGUCCGCUUUCAGUGAUGCAGGAGUCCAGACAGCCAAAAACCACACCACAAGUGCCCUCAUUACAAACAAGAGCACCUUCAAGACAGUCAGCAGUGCCUCGCUCACAGAGUUCGAGCUGACACAACUAAACAAGUUCAAACGUUAUCAGAUUGUGAUGACAAGCUACAACAUCAUCGGUGAGAGCCCUCCAUCCGUUCCGGUCGAGGUGUCUGUUGGGGAGGCAGCUCCGUCGGUGGCGCCUCAGUCUAUCAAAGUGUCAGCCGUGUCUCCCUCCGGCCUGGAAGUGACCUGGGACACGCCGCCCCCGGAGACCCAGAAUGGACUCAUCCAAGGAUACAAGAUUCACUACUGGGAAAGAGAUAACCAAAACCAGACUGAGAAGGUGAAGGUGAUUUUUGUCCCAGACACCCGCGUUCACCUCACAAACCUGACCAGCUACACGCCUUACAUGGUCACACUGACCGCCUUUAACACGGCUGGGGACGGACCUCCCAGUGACCCCCGCGGGGCCCGAACUCUGCAGUCCGCUCCCAGCCAGCCGAGCUACCUGUCCUUCUCUGAAGUGACGGGUGGGAGCGUCAACGUGUCCUGGGGAGCGCCGCUCACUCCCAACGGUCAACUGGAAGGCUACAGGGUCAUCUACCAACCCACCGCUCCUGUACAAGGAGUCAGUAAAGUGGUGACGGUGGAUGUGAAAGGCAGCUGGCAGCGAUGGCUGAAGGUUCGAGACCUGAUCAGAGGAGCAACAUACAUGUUCGGGGUUCAGGCUCUCACCGUCAGCUACGGACCGCCUAUACAGGCAAACAUCACAGCUCAACCUGUGAAAGGGUCCCCUGGGUCGCCGGUGGAAAUGUCCAUCACCAAGACGUCCUCGGCCCUCACCAUCCACUGGUCAGAUGGAGACACGGGUGCAGCUCCUGUUACUGGUUACGUCGUAGAGGCUCGUCCCUCAGAUGAGGGAGUCUGGGACUCCUUCAUUCGACUCCUCCCUCCCGGCAGCAGGUCUGUCUCCGUGCCGCUGGAGCGUCUGAGGUCCGGGGUCAGCUACGAGUUCAGAGUCAUCGCCGUUAAUCGCUAUGGUUACGGACAGCCGAGCACACCCUCCGUGGCGCUUGCUGCGUUGUCGGAGCGGCCCUUUUACGAGGAGUGGUGGUUCCUGCUGGUUAUGGCUCUGGUGGGCCUCAUUCUCAUCCUGGUCCUGGUCUUUACUCUGCUCCUACAUGGACACAGCAGCAAGUACAAGGCCUGCGGCACAGGAAAGCACAUCACCCCGGGGGAGGAGUCGGUAACCCUCGAUAACGGAGGUUUUACUUCUCUGGAGCUAAACAGCAGAACGCUCAACACCAAGAACUCCUUCCUCAAAAAGAACGGGACACGAUCUCCGCCCAGGCCCAGUCCAGGUGGGCUUCACUAUUCCGAUGAAGAUAUCUGUAACAACUAUAAUGGAGCCGUGCUCACGGAAAGCACCACCCUCACAGAGAAACCCACCGAGGUCUCUGAAUCAGAGUUAACAGACAGUGACUACGAGGACGAACAGCCGAAGCACUCCUUCGUCAACCACUACAUGAGCGACCCCACCUACUACAACUCCUGGAAGCGCCAGCCCAAAGGCCUCAAGGGGACGGGGAGUCCCUUCGCCUACGAAGAGUGCGCCACCGUCGACACGGAGCCCUACUACCAGACCGUGGUGACGCAGCACAGCACGGGGGGAGCGUACACACCCACGGGGCAGCCCGCGCACACACACGUCAACCCCAGCACCAACCCGCCGGGGUCGCGCACCCCUGUGACGGGCUUUUCUUCGUUCGUUUGACUCUAGAGACAGUGUUUGCACAAAGAUACACACACGCACACACACACACACACACACACUCACUCAUACGGAGGGACUGGGAGGCUGCUGUGUGUUUGGACUGAAGGAACUGGGAUUAAAGCCGCCCGUCACGCCCCAAAGAACCAAACUCACACUUCUUAACUCGCCUUCCUCUCUGCUCAUGAAGACCCUGUGUUCAGUACGUGCUCUUAUACUCGGUGUGCUUACACGCACGGUUACCGUCCUCAUUUUUCCACAAGUUCUCACCAGCUUAUUCCACCAGAUACUCCUGCCCACUUCAGAGACUCUCCAUGGAGAGCCAUGAUGACUGUACUUAUGUGUUGAGCCCAUUAUUUUGUCUUGCUACGACCACCCUGGAGCUGGAGGAAGCUGGACCUUCUGCACAAAACUUCUCGUCUGUUUUCUUUAUCGACACUUAAGUGCACAAGUCCCCCACUCACGCACUCUCUGAUGCGUCAUCUCAGCAUCUCCAGCUGAGAGACCAGAACUUAAAGGCUGUGUGUGGGGGGGCGGA